CACUUCUUGAGUAAGGACCGUCUGACCGUUGCUUGGCGGACAGGAGUGAAGAACUCACUGGGGCAAGGAGACGGGAGUCUUUACGAGCUGUUUUCCGGGGCUUUGCUCUCUCAAUAAACCGGGGGAAAACAAGCAGGGGUGGAUAAAAUAAAGAGAGUGCGUAAAUCCAUGCUGACAGGCUUGUAGGAUACCUGUAAGGAGUGAAAGUGUUUAACUCUGUGCUCUGGAGGAAAGAAGACGCAGUGGCUUCUGUACCAGACUACCAUCCUUGCGCAGGGUCACACAAAGCUCUCGCAGACUACACCACAGCCCGGUGAAGGGUCCGUGAUGAGAGUCUCGUGGGGGCGUUUCGGCAUGGCACAUUGGGGUUUUUUGUGGAUCUUGUUGGGGCUGUGGAGGCCCGGUGCGACGUGCCCCACGUCUUGCACUUGCACGAGCACACGGAUCUCCUGUGUUGACCAGGGGCAUUGGAUAACAGGUGAUCUCCAAACGGAAGCUGACAUGGACAACAUCACUGACAUAUACAUUGCCAAUCAAAGCAGCUUAUUUGCCAUCCAUGCCAAAGACCUGGACCAGUACCGCAACCUCAGAAACCUGACGGUAAUUGACAGCAAGCUGAUGAAUGUGUCCACUCUGGCUUUCCGGAACAACCCGAAACUACAGCAUUUGAACUUCAAAGACAACAACCUAUCCACCAUGUCCUGGAGGACACUGCAGAAUCUCAACAUCUCCAGCCGUGUGCUGGCAGGUAACCCUCUGAAGUGUUCGUGUGAAAACCUGUGGCUGGGAGACGAGCCUGAUCUGUACUGUGUGGGUGAAGACGGACAGAGGAGAGUCCUCAAUGCAAACACUGUCCCUGACUGUGUGGCCCCCACGGCGCUGCUGAGUCCCACUAACAUGACGGUGGAGGAGGGCGCCAACAUCACGCUCGUCUGCAACACCUCAGGGAAGCCGCGGCCAGAUAUCAUCUGGGCUUUAAGCCCGGAGAUUACUGACCAUAAGGAGAUCCCCACAGGGCAGGUAUCUGUGCUGCACCUCUUUAACGUGACGUCCCACCACUAUGGCAGCAAGAUCAGCUGCAGUGCAGAGAACAUAGCCGGACAGCACGAGGCCUUCGUACACUUGGACGUCCUCUUCCCUCCUAAGGUCAAUCUGACGAAGGUCCUGAUGGACCACCACUGGUGCCUGCCCUUCAGUGUGGCGGGGAACCCUCAGCCCCGGCUGCAGUGGUACUUCAACGGGCAGCCCAUGAACGAGACGCCCUACAUCUCCACCUACAUCCACGACUUCUUCGAGAGCCAGUACCACGGCUGCCUGCGCCUGGUCACGCCCACCCACGUCAACAACGGCAACUACACGCUGCUGGCCGUCAACCCCUACGGCUCCCACCAGGAGACCAUCUCUGCCCACUUCAUGAAGCACCCAUUUGAUGGUACAGAGUCUGAGCCCUCAUACUAUGAAAUAGGUACAGACUUACCCACAGGUGAAACACCAGUGGAACAACGCGAGGACAGAGUUGUGUAUGUAGUGGUGGGCAUUGCCGUGAUCACAUUUGUACUGAUUGUGCUGAUGCUUGUCUUCCUGAAGUUCGGACGCAACUCAAAGUUUGGAAUCAAAGGGACCUCUUCAGUGAUCAGUAAUGAGGAUGACUCUGCCAGUUCUCUUCAUCACGUGUCGGGUGGCUCCACCACGCCCUCCUCCUCUGAGUUGGGUCCAGAUUCUGUGGUCAUCAACCUGAACAAGAUCCCCUUCAUCGAGAACCCGCAGUACUUCAUCCCCAGCAACAUGCUCAAGACAGACACCUUUGUGCAACACAUCAAGAGAGACAGUAUUGUGCUGAAGAGGGAGCUGGGGGAGGGGGCCUUCGGGAAGGUCUUCCUGGCCGAGUGCAACAAACUGACCCCAGAGCAGGACAAGACCCUGGUGGCUGUGAAGACACUGAAAGAGGCCAGCGAGAAUGCUCGGAAGGACUUCCGGCGGGAGGCGGAGCUUCUGACCAACCUGAAGCACGAGCACAUCGUCACCUUCUACGGAGUGUGUGUGGACAGUGACCCCAUCAUCAUGGUGUUUGAGUACAUGAAGCACGGAGACCUCAACAAGUUCCUCAGGGCCCAUGGUCCGGAUGCGGUGCUGGUGGGGGAGACCCAGCAGCAGUGCCUGCUCCCGGUGCAGCAGCUGAGUCAGGCCCAGAUGCUGCACAUCGCGCAGCAGAUCGCGGCGGGCAUGGUGUACCUGGCCUCCCAGCACUUCGUGCACCGCGACCUGGCCACGCGCAACUGCCUGGUGGGGGAGAACCUGCUGGUCAAGAUCGGAGACUUCGGCAUGUCCAGAGACGUCUACAGCACCGACUACUACCGCGUCGGUGGACAUACCAUGCUGCCAAUUCGCUGGAUGCCACCAGAGAGCAUCAUGUACAGGAAGUUCACGACGGAGAGUGACGUGUGGAGUCUGGGCGUGGUGCUCUGGGAGAUCUUCACCUACGGCAAGCAGCCCUGGUACCAGCUCUCCAACAACGAGGUGAUCGAGUGCAUCACGCAGGGCCGGGUGCUCCAGAGGCCGCGCUGCUGCACCCAGGAGGUGUUUGAGCUGAUGCUGGGCUGCUGGCACCGCGAGCCCCACAUGCGCCUCAACAUACGACAGAUCCACAGCCAGCUGCUCAGCCUGGCCAAGGCCUCACCUGUCUACCUGGACGUCCUGGGCUAGGACACACAGAGCGAGCGAGCGAGUGAGCGAGUGAGUGUGUGAGUGUAUGUGUGUGUGUGUGAGUGAGUGUGAGUGUGAGUGUGAGUGUGAGUGUGAGUGUGAGUGUGAGUGUGAGUGUGUGUGUGUGUGUGUGUGUGUGUGUGUGUGUGUGUGUGUGUGUGUGUGUGUGUGUGUGUGUGUGUGUGUGUGUGUGUUAACUGACAGACAGCCCUACAGGAGCUGACCAAACACUGUUCAUCAGAGUACCCCUUUUCCCCUACACAUUCUCUCUUCUCUCUCACUCCCUAACACUCAUUCUCUAACUCUCUCACUCUAACACACACACACACACACACACUCUCUCUCUCUCUCUCUCUCUCUCUCUCUCUCUCUCUCUCUCACUCUCUCACUCACUCACUCACACACACACACACACACACACACAUGCACACCCCAGGCAAAGAAGGUCACAUCAGACAUUGUUCAGAGGAUUAAUGUGUGUGUGAGAGAGAGAGAGGGGGGGGUGUGUGUGUGUGCGCAGAGGUGAUGUAUAUUUCAUUAAGAGGCUAAUGCCCCCCAUUAGCAGCUGUUCCCUGUAGAGAGGCUGGGCGAGUGGUGUGGUAGGGAGAGGAGUGGGAGGGCGUGAGCAGCAGGGACAGGGUCAGGGGUCAGGAGCGCAGUAGCCAUCCAGGGGUGUCUGCAAGGACAGCCCCUUUACACUGACCUCCUACCGAGCAGCUCUAUCACUACACACAGGCUAGCCCAUCUUAGCGUACAGCACAGCUAGCCUCCACGCACACUGGCACAACUCCUCUGCGCAGCACACAGCACAUUUUGACCUGUACGCCAUCUCAAGUCUCUCACACAACUCUUUAUGAGCCUCUUAACCAAGCUAGCCAACGACACAACAGCCAUAGCCAGACUCCUCAGUUCACACAGCCCAACGCCUGGCUAGCAUACAACAGGACACAUGGCUAGCUAGCCUUUACAUGAUACCGAUGCUAGCUUCACGUUUCUCUCCACAUCAUUUCCAAUGGUCUCUGAUCUCAGACCAGUCCUUUAAGUGGGACUCAGACGCUGCCGCCACAGAACUACUGAAUGUAUGACACCAAGUGGCUGACGCUGGUGAUCGCCAUGGUGAUGAGGAGGACAAUGAAUGUUUGCUGUCAAUGUCUUUGUUAAUACUUCUUUCAAAUGCAUCAAUGAUUUCUCUUGAUUUUUUUUUUAUUGGUUUCAGUAUUCAGAAAUGUAGUAUUACUGUAUCUUUAUGUUUUGGACAUAUUUAUUAAGUAUUUAUUCGGUAUGGUAUACUCAUUCGUGUUCAUUUUGAAUCAUUACAAAGGUGUAAACUAGACUAGAACCUGUAGACUAGAACCUGUAUCCUUAACCCAAGACACAAACCUCACUGUGUGUUCUGAUUUGAAAUCAGUAAGGACGCUGUGUGUUCUGAUUUGAAAUCAGUAAGGAUGCUGUCUGUUCUGACUUGUUGAUGACUUGUUGAUGUACAGGUCCCUCUGGUCAACAUAUGGCUGCGUAUCUCAACAGUAUUAUCUAUGUGUGUUGCCAAGAUCUCCACUCCAGGAGAUCAGGGGGAAGACUGUGAUGUUGAGUUGGCUUCUGGGGAGGAAAGGGCUCAGACUGGGCUUGGGCUUCAGCUGAUACUCACUAAACUGCUUCAUCAGUAAUUAUUAUCUGUUGGUAGAAACUGUCUCUAUUUACUGAAAAUAUUUACACUGAGGGCCCUUUGGUUUGUGUGUGUGUGUGUGUGUGUGUGUGUGUGUGUGUGUGUGUGUGUGUGUGUGUGUGUGUGUUCCAUGGAACCAUCUUUGAUGGGAAUUUUGAAUAGCCUACAAGCACACAAAGCAUUCAAGACCUUCCUCCACCCCGACCCCUAACCCUUGACCCCUAGCCCUCCCUCCUCUCAUGUACAUACUGUAUAAAGCUGAUCUAGGGACAGUGGAUCUGGUGGGAAGGCUGACAGGGGAGUGAUAGCAGACUGACCUGAAGGGAGGGGCCGUGACCCAGAUUGAGGGGGCGAUUGUGGACAUGCCUGUGGGGCAUUGAUGGACUUGGCUCAGGGGAGGCUCGGACAUGAUAGUGGGCUUACGGAAGGGCUGACCGUGCACUCACCCUGAGGAUGACCUGCGAGCUGAUCUUCACUGGACUUUUUGAGGACAUUCUGACCAGGGUGGAGAUGGGGUCAUGUGAUGUCCAGCAAACUUCUACUGCUCUACCCAUCCACAACGUUUCAAUUGUCCUGACCAGCUUAAGCCGGUGGAUUCAUAUGGACUUUGGAGAUGUGAAGCUCUGCCCUUGAUUGUAAUAGAGCAUGUUUUCAUUGCUGCGGAUGGACAGACAAUCAACCAUAUAACAGGUGAACUCAUGUAGAGUGGACUGGAGAGUCCAGUUCUUAAGUACAUGUUUGAGUAUACAAAAAGGAGUGACAGCCAUUGCUGUUUAUUAUUUAACAGACGCACACACGCACGCUGCAGUGAACCUCAAUUCUAUCUGAGACUGAUUUUUCUUUGGUAUAAUUGUUAUUUCAGUGAAAGAAUUUCAGUUAUGUGUUAUUUCAGUGAAACACACAAACACGCACACACCCUCUCUCACACACACAUACACACACACACACACACACACACACACACACAUUCUCUCUCUCUGUCUCACACACAACCCCAACAAAUACUCACCAAGAGACAUCUGAUUCUCAGUUUAUAUGGCACGGCCAACUGCAGUGUGCUUUCCACAGUUUUCCAGUAACUCACGUACGCUCAGUGAAGGCAGAGCAAGGAUGGCUAUGGUAGUCAUCUGAUUCUACUGUGUGAUAGUGUGUGUCUGUGAUCCGAUCCUAUCGUAUGAGAAUGUGUAUAUGUGAUCCGAUCAGAUGUAGUAAUGCUGUAUUUAAUAAAAGCCUUCUGUUGUCCCUCA